AUGCAGGCCCAUCACGGCAGCCGGAGCGAGAGCGGGUGCAGCGGCGAUGCCACUCUCAUCGCCUCGAGCGUUAGAAGCAUCACCGUCAUAGAUCGUCGAGAUUCCAACCUUCGAUUCGCCAGUUCCAAGCUUGGAAUCACCUCGAACCCUAUCCAGGAGGCGGCCGCAGACGGCCAUCGCGCCGAGAGUUUGCACAAAAUCGAGGAGCUCCGAGCUCCAAGCCCCGAUGUCGAGUCUCAACGUCCCGCCAGCCUAGAGAGCUCUCCCCUUCAGUUUGCCAAGAGAGAAUCUGCUUCAACUUCCGAGUUAUUUUACGAUCUCUGGUUUGUGGCCAACCUGAAUGUUUUCGCCACAGUCCAUCCAAUCACUGAGAAGGAUACACUGGCAUCAUUCAUCGGAUACUUCAUUCUACUCUGGACGACAUGGCUGGUUACAACUCUGUUCGAUGCUCGUUUUGGUCAAGAUGGGAUCCUCGAGCGUAUCGCCCGCGCAUUUCAUCUCGCUGUCAUGGUUGGUUUUGCUGAAGCUGGUGUUUCAUUUGAGAACCAGAAUCUCGUCAGGGCCAUCUUCCAGUCAAUGUCGCUUUUCCUCAUGGUUUCGAGGCUGGUCCUCGCCGCACAGUAUGGCAUGGUUCUCUUGCAUGCGCGCCAUCAUCCGAGAAGCCGCAACUCGCUGCUUGUGGCCAUCGUGCUGCACCUUGUUCCCGCGCUGAUUUACCUCAUCAUCGCUGUUGUGCCAUCUACACAACCCAAUAAACAUCUUGUGCUCACUUGGUAUCUUGGGGGCAUUAUCGAGAUGGCCGUUCACAUUCUCCACGCCACUUUUUCCCAGACUCUGAGCUUCGAGGGUACGCAUUUCAACGAGAGGCUGAACCUGCUCACGCUCAUCAUCCUCGGCGAGGGCGUCAUCAUUCUCGCCAAGAAUAUUACAAAAGUGGUCGAAUAUACCUAUAUUAAGCAAAUAUCGGAUCAUUGGUCCCCCGCCCUCAUCGGCAUCAUCACCUCUGCAGCCGCAAUCACGUACAUCACGUUUCAGCUGUACUUCGACUGGAUGCACCACCACAAUCACAUGAGUGCCUCAAAUCAAGCGUAUUGGGCCCUCGUCCAUCUCCCAUUCCACAUUGCCCUUGUUCUCCUCGCCGAAGGCGGUAACCAAUGGGUUGUUUGGUGGCGCUUCAUGGAAGCCAUCCAUGGGGCGGGCGACGCACUCGAGGCCGCCGCUCGGGCAGGGAUGAAAACCCUCGAUACAAGCACCGUCGUCACAUCUUUGCGCGUCUCGGCCCAGGCCAUGAUGUGGGAGUACGUUGGAGACCCGAAAAAGUUCGAGAGUGCUACCAAGAACCUCAACACGGCAUUGGAGAGUCUAGAGGACAUUCCCGAUACUUUCUGGGCAACCCUCCAUCCGAGAUCGGACAAGGAAUCCUAUAAGACAUGGGCCAAGGGUUACCUGGCGAUAACUAGUACUGUUAUGAACACUAUUAGUGACGCCUUUGACAUCUCGGUCGCGGUGGAGGACGACGAUGACCCCUCAUCUUAUAGCCUCGGCGCUGCUGAGCUUGCUGCUACCAGAAAGACCCUUGAUAGACUCCAGCUCAUCUUCUCGUAUUUAUUCGCAAGUGCGGGCACCGUUCUCGCUCUCCUGAUGAUGCUUCAUCUCCUAUCGAAGCGCAGUGGAUGGACUGGUUUCAAUAGGUUCCGCACCGGCACAGUCUUCACCAUAGGCUUGGGGUUGGGCCUUGUCGCCAUCAUCUCUGUCAAUUCCCAGCUGACGCUCAAGUUCCUCGUGACACCUUGGCAAUUGCCCAUCAUUACCAUCUGUUUCAUGGUUGUCCUCAUUCUCACUCACCUGCCGCACCCGCCUCAGAUCUCGAUCAACAGGAAGUCGGAGUCAUUCGAUCUGGAUAGCAUGGGCAAUGUAGAGGCGCAGACGCAGGAGGGGGCAUAUGGGGACGACAAAAGCCGCGAACCGGAGCAGCAGCAAGAUCAACCACAGGAAGAGUCCCACCAUUAUCGAAGGACGUGGAGGGCUCGAGCAACUAGGCAUUUCCAUUUCCAAGCAGGGCCAGUGGCUCCGAUUACAGACGAGGUUUUAUCCUCAAGGCGAAACGGUAUUGUCAGCUUCACGAACCUGGCUAGAGUAUAA